AUGGUCUCAUCAAUAAUUCCCGAACCUUUGAAACGUUCGUCAAGGUGGAUAAGUACUUCGAUUCCAGAAGCAAAUUGGGGAAAACCUUUGGCUCAUCAUUGCUCAGCGGAAUACCUAACUAAUAAUUUAUUGAGCGCCGUUUUAUUCGAAGAAGGCAGCAAACAUAUACCUUCUGAUGCUUUGGUUAUCGAAAUAGCUCCUCAUGGAUUACUGCAGGCCAUCAUGAAACGAUCUUUAUCAGAAACAUGUGCCAAUGUUCCUCUGACUAGGAGGAAUAACGAAGGAAAAAAUCUAGAAAAUCUUUUAAAUGCUAUUGGAGGAUUAUAUAUUGCGGGAUGUGAUCUAAAUGUAAAUGCUUUAUAUCCUCCUAUCCAGUAUCCUGUUUCUAGGGAAACUCCUUCGGUAGCUCCAUUAGCUAAUUGGCAACAUUCUGCACCAGAUGCUGGAGUAUCCUUUUUUGAUCCGGUUGGAAGUCACAGUGGAGAUCCUAUAGUAGUUCAGGUCAACGAUGAUUCGCCAUAUUAUUAUCUAAAAGACCAUCAAAUCAAUAAUCACAUCAUGUUACCUGCAUCAUUCUAUUUGUACCUUACCUGGUGGGUGUUCUCCAUCAAUAAAAAUAUUACCCUUGGUUCAUUUCCGAUUGUUUUUGAAGAUGUAGAACUAUUCAAAAAUUUGACCAUAUCGUCGAGCAAUCCUCGAAAGUUCACCGUUUUUAUUCAAAAAGGAAGUGGAAAAUUUGAAAUUUUGAAAUACAACGAGUCAAAGCCGAAUAAAACGACAAAAAUAAUGACUGGAGUACUUUAUCAAGCUGAUCCUACUUCAAGAAAUAUUAAUAAUGAUGAAAACCUUCACGAUAUCAAGCACACUAUUUCAGAUGACGAGUUCUAUAAUAUUUUCAAGAAAGUAGGGUAUGAAAUGAAAGAUUCAUUCCGUAGUUUGGAGGUAUUGAAAUACAAAGAUAAUGAUUAUUAUGCGAAGAUAAAGUGGCAAAAGAAUUGGGUGACGUUUUUAGAUGCGUUGCUAAAAGUUUACAUGUUUUCUGAAAUUAAAAAUGAAACCGACCUGUUGUAUACUCAAAGGAUUAGAAGACUAGAGAUUUCUGCUGAAGAAAUUUCAUCCAUAGAAGAAGGAACAACGUUGUUAUGUCAUAAACAACACAGUACAGAUAUAUUAACUUGCCCUGGUCUGACAAUGUACUCGGUAAAACACCGAAAGUUCGAGCAAAAAAAGCUGAACGCAGACAUAAAAUUAGAAAAAUUACGAUUCGUUCCUCAUAAGAAUCCAAGAUGUCAGAGUGUUGAAGAAUUGUGUAAAUUAUGUUUGGAAAUAGCUGCUGAUAAUUUUAGCGUCACGUCCCAAAAACGUGAGACGAAGUUGAACAUCAUCAUGGAAAAUAAUUUGGAAUGUGCUACUUUAUUGAAAAACGUUGUGAAAAACUGUGAUACGUUGAAGACGAAGGUUCUUUUCUAUGAACAGAAGCAAGCGUUGUUAAAUAAAUACAACUCGAGGGAUGAAUACUUUAUGCUAGUCACUAAUCAGCUUUGCGAUGUUGGAAAAUAUUCAGCUAAUGCUUUCUUUGUUGUUACCUCAAAUUUUGAGGACAAAGCCCUGCCACCAAAAACUGAUGAAGUUAUUGAAGAAGUCGUGCGACAGAAACUUCAUGAUAAAAUAUUUUAUCUAUUUAAAAAGAAAUCUAUAUUGAAUGGCAAACGCAUUCAAAUUACAAAUGGAGAUAGUCCAACUGAAUGUUUUCCAGAAAGCAGUAAAUCUGAGCUCAUGUUCGUUGUCAAGCAGAACAUGGAUUCGGCUGAUUUAUCGAGUAUGCUUGAGGAUCACAAAAAACCUUCGGAUCCAAGGUAUUUGUUUGUUAUGGAUAAAAAUAUACCAAGCGAAUCAGUUCUAAAAAGUGAACUUACUCGAGAUUCUUCGAUAUCAGUGCUUCAAAAUGGAGAAUGGGGUUCAUACAAAAGUAUCUCAGAAAAUCACUCAGAACUGAAAGAAAGUUCAAAAAAUAUCGUUGACAUUCCUGGAGAUAUUCAGAUGGAAUCAGUGUAUUUGCAAUAUCUUGGCUGUGAUGAAGAAAUUGAACAAUCUGAAGAUAAUAAAAUUUGGAAUUAUGGAGUUGAAUACUCCGGAGUUCAAGAUACUGGAGCAAGAGUAAUGGGUUUGGCUGUAGUCAAUUCCAACGAUCCUAUAUCUAAACCUGAUUCUAUUCUGAAAUGGACACUGCCGGAUGAUUGGAGCUUGGAAGAUGCUGCCACUGUGCCUUUUAUUUAUACACAAGCGUAUUACAUUCUGGAUGCACCAGUAAUUCGAGGCAAACAGUACCUGAGUUCGAUUUUGAUCAACGUUAGCGACGAAGUACCUUUUUGUCAAGCUUGCAUUUCAAUAUCCCUUAGUAGAAAGCAUACAGUCUACGUUACUGUGUCCAGCGAUGAAGAAGCUGUUUUAAUAAAGAAGAAAUUUCCAGAAAUUGACGAUAGGCGAAUAUUCAACUUGAAAAAAUGCUCGUUUCAAGCCGAAGUAUUGAAAAUGACCAAAGGUGUCGGAGUGAGCCUUGUUGUGAAUUGUUUGCCUGGAAUCGAAAGUAUUCGAGAGUCGUUGAAUUGCACCAAUGAUCAAGGUUACUUUAUCCAAAUUGGUAAAACAAAUGGCUGGGAAUCACAACAAUUAGAAUUAUGCUCAUUUUUGAAAUCAAUUUCGUUCAUCAUGGUUCCAAAUAAAAUAUCAAAAUUGUUAGUCAAACUAUCGGCAGAUGAAAAACAAAACUUGAAAGCUUUGGUAGAUGAUGGAAUCAGAAGUGGCGUGGUGGUACCAUUAGAAAGCAAUGUACAAAUUCAAGGAAUGUCUGGCACUAAUAACGAGUUUUAUAAAAAAAAUCACAUUAAACAAAUUUUCAAAUGGUUGCCAAACAGUGAAUCGUGCCACAAUAUGAAUCAAAAGAUACGCUUCGAUGACAAACAUUCUUAUAUUAUUAUCGGAGGUGAAAAAAAGAACAAUUGUUGGUUUGAAUUACUGGAAUGGCUGAUGAGCAAAGGUGCACGAAAAUUCAUCGUCCCUGUUGAUAAUUUCUCCAUAGGAUCGAACACAUCGCAUAAAAUCAACAGAUUUUUGAAACAAAAAAAAGUUACAAUUAUACUGAGUUCAUCUCAAAAAACAGAAUCCCUUCAAGAUGCGGAAACUUUGAUCCAGGAUGCAAAUAAAAUAGCUCCUUUGGAAGCUGUGUUUUUCGCAUCGAUGGAAUCGAUUGGCAUGAAAGUUCAAAAUAUAGAUUUAGUGACUCGAAAACUAGAUCCGAAUAUCCAUCUUGUGAGUAUAUUUUCCGGCGGUCUCAAAGAAUUGGAAUCAAGAAGGUUCGCAGGAUCACCUGCAGUUGUAUUUCAUGGAAAUAGAUCAACCCAUAAAUUAUCUGCUGUUUUACCUCUCAUCGACGACGUUCUGUCGCAAUUUGACAACAGCAAUUCAGCUACUCUUUACCGUUUCAAAAAUACAGAAAACAAAACUGCUGAGCCUGCGUUGAGGAAUUAUUUACCUCACAAUACUAGUAUUUUGGAGGAAAUCGCUGAUGAUUUAUCGGAUAGAUUGGAAUUCGUCGAAGUCACCACAAAAACUCCGCGAUAUUCGAAUUUAAAAGACAGUUUUCCCAUUUUUAUAAUUUCCACCCUUGGUCCUAAACCAUUGGAAGGCUUGCUUUCCAACCUUAUGAGUCCAGCAUUUUGUUCCAGCAUUGGCACAAGUGAAUGUCCCAGCGGUUCAGCAUUAAAGUUAUAUGAAUCUCUCAAUCACAUCCAAAGUGAAGCAGGAGUUACUCUGUUAUCUGAAACCUGGUCCACUCCGAUUGCUUUUGAAUUAUUGAAACUACUGGACAAAGAUGGAAGAAAAUACCGAUUAUUCACCUUGGAAGGCAAUCCUUCGACUUGGAAAGAUCGUAUUCGAAGUUUUGGACCGAUGAAUUCAAAUAAAUUUGAAAAUAAUCUGAUCGCCGAAUUAUUCGAUAUCAACUCAGAAAUUCCAUUAGAUACCUUAUUAGGAGUGAACAAACCAUUAUCUCAAAAAAUAUCAGAUUACAUGUGCAGUCGAAAUUAUCCGUCAGUUAAUAUCUUCAAUAUUUUAAAAAUUCUUCAUUCGGUUCAGUUUGGAUUAGACAGAAUUUCCAAAUACGAAUACAACGAUCAGUUAAUCAAAAAUACAAUUUGCUUGCUACAGAAUCCAAAUGAAACCGAAGUAUUGCGGAUGUCUGCCACGAGCGAAGUGUUUGUGCAUGAAGAAGAAAAUUAUCAGAAAUUUUUAAGCAGUUAUGAAGUCUCGAAAAAAAUCAAUAAUGACAUUUUACACACCGUGUGGUAUGACUAGAAACUAUUUAGUUAGGUAUAUCCGGAGGUCGGGCGAUUCUUUGAUUUUGCGAAUCAGAUUCUUUUGAAUAGAUUCCUGAUUAUCCACUAGAAGAAUAAAAAAAGGAAGCGAGAGUCGUUCCUAUGAAGAUUGUUCAAUUCUCUCGAUUAUGAAUCACCUUUUUUUUUUUUUUUUUACUAAA